AUGAAACUUCGGCAAAACCCUAGUAGAUUCACGUCUGUUCUCAAAUGGGUAUCACAACUUUCUCUAGAAACCCAAUUAAAACCCUCAAUUUCUGGAACUGGGUUUCUCCUCCGAUGUGCCCAAACCCCUAGAUCUUUCGCCACCGUCACCGGUAACGAAGUUUGCAGUGAGAAAUCGAAAGUGAAGAGAACCCGAAAUGGGUUUAAAAUCACUCCCAAUGUUAGGAAAUUAGCUGAGGAAGCAAUGUUGGAUUAUUUCUAUUCCACUAGGGGUUUACAGUAUAUGGUUGCAGAGAGUAUGAGCAAGAACAGUCCAAUUUUUAUUGAUAAUCUUUUGAAGAAAGUUGAUUGUGUUACUGCUUCUGAUAUCAACCAAUCUAUUACUCGAUAUCUACGGUUUCACCCUGUCAAUGAAUUCGAGCCUUUCCUUGAGAGUUCAGGUUUGAAUCCCAGUGAGUAUAAUCAUUUGGUUCCCUGUGAUAAGGUCUUCUUGGAUGAAGAAGGCUUUUUGCUGGAGAACCAUCAUGUUUUGUGUUAUAGUGGUGUUGACCCUAAGAGGAUUGGGAAGAUCUUCAAGGAAGCUAGGGAAGUUUUUAGUUAUGAAACCGGGGUUUUAGCUUCUAAGAUUAAGGCGUAUGAGGAUUUGGGGUUUAGCAGAUUGUUUCUAUCUAAGCUUAUCGUUUGUAGUCCGAGAGUCUUGAUGGGUCAUACGAAUAUUGAACUGGUUCAGGUUGUAAAGACGUUGCAAUCUUUAGGGUUUGAGUUCGAGUGGGUAAUGGAAAACUUGUCAGAUGAGGGACCUGAUUGGAGCUCUGUGCAUCGUGUUUUAAGCUUGCUUAGAGAAAUCUGUUUUGAUGAGGAAAAACUAUAUGGGUUAAUCAGGAACUGUCCAAGUUUGCUUUUUGAGAAUUCAGGGAAAUGGACAGGGAUUCUAGUUGGGUUUGAAACAAAGCUUGGGGCAUCUAGAAGUGAACUAUGUUCGUUGUUUCAGAAAUUCCCGCUGAUUCAAGUAGAGAAAUGUGUUUCGAAUCUAAGGCAGUGCUUCUUGUUCUUGAAAGAGAUCGAGAUGGAAGAUGAUGAGAUUCAUAAGGUUUUCCGUUCUCAUUCCUGGUGGCUUGGUUCAUGUAAGUUAAAGAAAACCAGUAGCUUGCUUGUGUUUUUGAAGGCUGGUAAAACUCGGGUUUGUCAGGUCAUUCAAGAAAACCCUGAAGAGAUGAAAAAAUGGACAAUGGGUUCAAAAAUCCAGCCGUUACCAGCUACCAACGUAGACAUUGAGUCGAAAUCAAUGAAGACUCAGUUCUUAUUAGACCUCGGAUACAAAGAAAACUCAGAGGAAAUGGAGACAGCAAUGAAGAAUUUCCGUGGUAAAGGAUCAGAACUCCGAGAGAGAUUUAAUGUCCUCGUAAGUUUGGGUUUUACCAAGAAAGAUGUCAAAGAUAUGGUGAAAGCAUGUCCUACUAUGCUCUCCCAGACCUGUGAUAUCCUAGAAUCAAAGGUGAACUACCUUAUAAAGGAAUUAGGUUAUCCGCUUUCGACUUUGGUGGAUUUCCCUUCAUGUUUAAAGUUCACUCUUCAGCGGAUGAAGCUCAGAUUUGCAAUGUUCUCUUGGCUUCAAGCCCGAGGAAAAGUAGACCGCAAGAUCAAAGUUAGCACAAUGCUCGCUUGCUCGGACAAAAUAUUCGUGAGUUUUUUUGUAAACCGUCAUCCUGAUGGGUCUAAGCAUUUAGAGGAUCUGAAGAAGCUGCAUCUUUCAGUUGAAACAAACUAA